UCCACAGAAAAGCAUCAACACAACAUUCGUUUCAUAAAAAAAAACAGAGUAUCCUUUGUAGUUGUAGAUCUAUAAAACAAUUGCUUUUAGAGAUGGCGAUUAGAUUGUCGCGUGUUAUCAACUCUAAACAGUCCCAAAAACAGCAAUCUCGAGUCCCAAAAGGACACGUUGCGGUGUAUGUCGGAGAGGAGAUGGAGAACAAGAAGAGGUUCGUGGUUCCUAUCUCGUAUUUGAACCACCCUUCGUUUCGAGGUUUGCUUAGUCGAGCAGAGGAAGAGUUUGGCUUCAACCAUCCAAUAGGUGGAUUAACGAUUCCUUGCAGAGAAGAAACGUUCGUUGGUCUUUUGAAUUCUUAUGGUUGUACUGUUUCAACUUGAGACAUCUUUUUUGGGAAACCCCAAAAUUUUUCUUUCCUUUUAUAGAUUUUUUGUUGUUGUUGUUCCCUUUGUUUAUUUCUGCAAAGGAGAACAGAUUGAAUCAGAGCAUGUAAAUAUGUUGUGUAACCCAUUCAAGUCAGGUUAUACUAUGUACUCCAGAAAACAUUGAUGAAAAA